AGACGCUGUCUUCAGAAUAUGAUAAAGCGUGGUGCAAUGGCGGUGCGGUGAUGGCGGAUGGCGGCGCGGAGGCGGGCGCGGGAGAGUGCGCGGCGCGCGCAGCGGCGCUCGAGCGCGCCUACGUGCACGAUGUCUACGAGCAGGCGGGCGAGGACGACGCACCCUGCGCACCCGCGCCCGCCGUUCGAUCUUUCCUCAGCGACCUCGAGCCCGGCAGCCUCGUAUGCGACAUCGGAUGCGGUAAUGGGAAGUACCUCAGUGUGAAUCCGUCCGUGUUCGCGGUAGGAGGAGACCGAUGCACGCGGUUAGCUACGCAAGCGCAUCACCAUAAUAAUGAGGUGGUGGUAUGUGACAACUUGUGCUUACCAUUCCGCGACGAGUCAUUCGACGCAGUUCUGUCAAUUGCAGUCGUUCACCAUUUUGCGACGGUCGAACGUCGUGCGAUGGCGCUACGAGAACUAGCCCGGAUAACGAGGAUAGGUGGUAGAUUACUACUGACAGUUUGGGCAAUGGAGCACGAAGGACGAAACUUUCAUUCGCAGGAUGUUUUAAUACCAUGGCAUCGUCCAGCAACUCUGUGUCCUCCACCUCCUGCCCCUCGUUUUCUUUCAGUGGAAUAUGAACACUGCUCUGAGCCGUGGAAGAGCCGGGAUGGUUCUCCGGGAUCAUCUUCACUUUCUUCUCCAAAUGAAACGUGUUAUUCAUUUGUCAGACGGGCUCUCCAGCGUUUGGCUGGACGUCGAUCGUUUCUAACUUCUUGGAAUAUAAGUGCAAGAGCGACACAAAGACAAUGCACUCGUCCUGAACCUCCAGCUGCAGACUUACCCAUAGAAUUGAGGCGAUUAGAUGAAGUUCUUCCACCUCGACUUAUAUCACAACCAUCCGAAUCAUCAACAUUGAAAUCACGUAGCCUUACUGACAUCGCUGAUAUAGAACGUCGUGCUCUAGUUAGAUCGAGAUCAAGCCUUCCAAGUUUAGGCGGUGACGAAAACGAAUCAGUUCCAUCAGAGCAACCAGUUCAGCCAAUCACAGAACAACGUAAAAAACCGCGUCUCGUCAAACAAAAGAAAUCCAUAAACGAAGACGAUGCUGAAGAAGACCUAGAUAAACCUACAGACAUGAAAAUUAUGGUUGAAGAAAUGCCUAAUUUUAAAAUUCACACGCAAAAACUACAUUCUAAAAAACCUGGUGUAUUUAAGCAGUCUUCGUUGAAUGAAGAACUUAUGUCCGUAGAAAGAUUACGAGAAAAGGAGCGACUCAGGAAAAAUAUACAAAAACAAGCGUCUUUAAAUGAAGAAUAUUUAUUCCGUAGACCUGGUGCACUCGAUUCAAUUCGUGACUCGAUUUUCUCUACAUCAGCGACAACUGCGAAAAAAUUUCAAUCAUUAAAAAACGGCCUUACUAACAAGUUCAAAACCUCUACAACGAAUAUAGAUAAAGUAGCUGUGUUCGUGAGAAUGCUCCAAGGUUGGAAGAGUCAUGGACCGGUACCAGAAGUUCCUACACCAAGUGACAAUAAUACGAGUAGUGAGAAAAACUAUCCUGAAAGACGACAUUCUAGAGAAGAUGGUUCAGAUUCUUCCAAGGACAGUAGUCUGCAAAGUGACACAAGUGUUGACUCAGAGGAUAGUUUUGCUUCAGUUAUAUAUGUACCAAAAGCGGAUAGUACGGGUGAUCCAUUGUCACCAACACCAUUAUCACCAGGCCCUACUUCUCCAAGACUCAAGGUAUCUUCAGUUCCAACAUCGCCAAGACUGAAAAACUCACCGGGAUUACCAUCUCCAAGAAUCAAACAAGUCUUUCCUUUAAUAAGACCACCAGCGUCACCUAAUGCAGUACAAACACCUGGCACUGUACACAAUAAAAUUUUGGUAGCUCAGUACAGUUUAAAAAAUUACUCAACUUCUAACAAUGCUUCUGUAGUUCCCCUAAAACCACAGUCAAAAAGUCAACCUAAUUCCCCUCCAAAACCGGAACCAGAGGAAAAUAUUUUGAAACCAGAAGUGCAGAAUUUUAUAAAUAAGAUUCCUCCUAUUGAAAUAUUCAAUGAGAUUGAUCAUAUCCCGCCUAUAAAAGAAGAAGAAGAAACACCAACUGAGGUGACGAAAGAAUUAAUUGCUGAAAUCAAUAAAGACAUUGAAGAAAUACAUAAACUAACAGCAGAAACAAAUGACUUAAAACCUCGAGUGCUACUACAAGAUGUCAAACCGUAUCCAAAAAUUACCCUACAAACGGUCGCAGAGUUACCAGAAAUACCUCAAUUCAAAUCAAAGGAUAAAUCUCCAAGUAAUGAUACCUUUGACUCAAAAGCUGCCGAAAGAAAAAGAAAGGAAAGGAUACGACAAAUAAAGGAAAUGUUGAAUAAAGGCAUUCCUGCAGUAAACAUUAGCCGAAGACAGCCGUUCCCAAUAGUACGGGGUACAAAUAAAGCUGAACCAAUCGCUAAGAGCCAUCCUAAGCUCAUGUCACUUGAGUUAUUUAAUCCAGCCACUGAUGAUAUGGAUAGCGACUCAAGUGGUGUAUCUUCACCUGAUUCCGUAGAUAGCGUUAUCAGCGUUGUUCCGGAAGAACUUCGAAAAACUGCCUUGGAAAAAGAUCUUCCAGAUCCACCAACAUUGGAAGUAAUAAAAAGUGACGAUAUGAAUUCUUCUGAUAAAUCUCCAACUGUGUCUAGUGCACCACAGAGCUUAAUAGAAGCUGUCGCAGAGGUAGCACAUUCACUAGACGAGACAUGUGAAACAGUAAUUAAAUCAAGUCCAAUAUCUAAACGAAGAAAUUUAGAAAAAAUAGAAAGUUCUGAGGCUAUAGCUAUUGUUCAAGGAACUUCUAGUAGUAGUAGCAGCAGUAAUUGGAGUCUUAAUAAAUUAUCUCCUGGAGAUUUAAGAAUACUAGAGGAUAAAUCAAGAUCUCAAUCACAAACCAGUUCGAGUGGGAGUUCAUCUAGCUUAGAGCGAUUGUCUCCAGGACGAAGAUCCAAAGAUCGCUCUCCAAAGCAAGGAAGCACCAGUAACUCUACGUGGAGUUUAAAUAGACUUUCUCCAAAUCGGCCCGAAGGUCGCUCAUUAGAUGAAAAUUUAAGCAAACCCCAUAGAAGUCCUACAAGGCUUCCAUAUGAUUCGUUAUCAAUAUCUAGUACAGAUUCAGAAAAAUCUAUUUCUAAAUCAGAAAGCUUUAACAGGAUACAAAACGAGCCAUUAAUAACUUGUAAAUCGGAUAUGUUGACAAAAGAAGAAGACUGGGUAACGGAUCAACAAGAUAAAAGUCAUAAUUUAUCUGGAUUUGCUGAAAAACUGAGUGAAAAACUAUUACAAGAAAUCGACCAAUAUUCAAAACGUAUCAACGAAGAAGACUUUGAUCUUCCAAGUAGUAGCAGUAGCGAAAAAAGUAUAUCCCUUAGAUUAAAACGUGAAGAAGAAGAUAGAAAUACACAGAAAAUUCUCGAUGAACUAUCCGACAGCUUGCAACACCUCGAAGAACCAUAUAAUAAAUUGAGCAUGGAAUCCCAGGGACCUGGUAAAAUAAUAGAUGAAAAGGUUAAAUACAUAACAUCUAUACAUGAUACUCAAGAAACUGAUAUAAACAAACUAUUUCCGAAAUGUAGUUCUAAAACAAAAAACAAAAAGAGAUCAAAAGACGUUGAUCCGAUUAUAAAUAAAUACAGAGAACUCAAAAAGACAAUGAAAGUGACGAGUGAGGAAGACGUUUACUUGAACAAUUGUACCAAUAUUCAGUACAAUAUUAAACCACUUAGCUACCCAACCACAGAUGAUAAAAUUCCAGACAUUGACACCAAAAAUCCGGAUGACGACAGUGCUAUUUCAUCUAGUAACGGUAAUCCUGAAAUAACUAUUGAAUCUGGUGCAUAUGAUACAAGUCAGUCACUAGAAACUGGAUACUCAUUAGAAUCUGAGAUAAGUGUUGACUCUCUCUGCACGAGUACUGACAAACGAUCUUCAUUAAAAGUCGGACAGUCCACAGACUCCAGUGAUUUAGAUAAAAUGGAAAUAAGUCCAGAAUCUAUUACUUCAAGAUCGAGCGCCAGCACUGCGCCUUUGAAAUCAGGAUUUUCUAUUGAAUCCACUGAUACUUCUGCAGGUAGUGAUUGGAGUCGUCGCGAUAAAACUGGAAGCACAGCGUCACUUGGAUGCGCAAGCUUAGCUUCAUUGCCCUCAUGUAGUGAAUGUUCCAAAGACAGGAAAUUGUUAGAAACGCGAUCGUCAUCUGAAGAUACCCCCAUACUACCUGCCCCAACAUCUCGACCCAUACCCCACGCCCCUCUCUUGCCCUCACUGAGCGAUGGCUCAGACAGCUUGCCAUCUGAAGGAGGUGCAGUUACAUACCACAGGUAUUAUCAUGUUUUCAAGAAAGGAGAAUUGGACCAGUUAAUAGAAAAAUAUGUAGAAAGCCUCCACGUUGUGUCGUCGUACUACGAUCAAGCGAGUUGGUGUGUUAUCGCGGAAAAAGUACAAGUAUGGACUAUUUAGUAUGCUAAAACAAACAUCUCGUCUCGACGCUCGUUUCAAGUUUGUGUUUGCUGCUAUUUUUAUUCUCUUAAAUUUUAAGAAGAGUAACUAUUGUUUUACAAUUCAUAUUUUACAAUCUCAUAGAAGAAGCUAAGAACAUUAAUUACUGAACACAAAAGUGCAGUGAUAACAUGUAAGUGACCUUCCUCUCGAACUCUACUAGUGUUAAAGGCACUCCACGUUCACAACGGAUCAGAUAAAGUAACUCUAUGUAAAAGGCCAAAAGCAAAGCUUUUGAUUUUAAUAUAUCCUAGGUACUUGAUACAUGAUAGGCGUUAUUUCUAUUAUAUUC